AUGGCCUGGAUGUCUGUCCUGCUCGUGCUGCUGGCCCACCUCACAGGUUGUGGCCCUCAGCCCAUGCUGCACCAGCCACCAUCAGCCUCUUCCUCCCUUGGAACCACCAUCCGCCUCACCUGUACCCUGAGCAGCAAUGAUAACAUUGGCAUUUACAGCAUUUACUGGUACCAGCAGAGGCCGGGCCACCCUCCCAGGUUCCUGCUGAGAUACUUCUCACACUCAGACAAGCACCAGGGUUCCAAUAUCCCACCUCGCUUCUCCGGAUCCAAAGAUACGGCCAGGAACCUGGGGUAUCUGAGCAUCUCUGAACUGCAGCCUGAGGACGAGGCUGUGUAUUACUGUGCCGUGGGGCUCCGGAGCCAGGAAAAAGAGAAGAGGAUGGAGAGGGAGUGA